AUGGUCAAGGCAAGAAAGAUCGCGGUGGUGGGCUCUCGCUCGGUCGGGAAACUGUCUAUGACGGUUCGGUUUGUCGAAGACCACUUUGUUGAGUCCUACUAUCCCACAAUUGAAAACCAGUUCUCCAAAGUCAUCAGCUACAAGAACCAAGACUACGCCAUAGAGAUUUUGGAUACUGCUGGCCAGGAUGAGUUCUCCAUUAUGAAUGAGAAGCACUUGGUGGGCAUUCACGGCUACUUGCUCGUCUACUCGGUGACGUCAAGACAGUCGUUCGAGUUGGUCGAUGUCAUAAGGGAUAAGAUCCUAAAUUCUAUUGGUGCAGAGUCUAUGCCAAUGGUGUUGAUUGGUAACAAAUGUGACUUAAAUUUCCAAAGACAAGUGGAAACCAGCGAGGGCGAGGCCCUUGCACGGAAGUACAACUGUGCCUUCUUGGAGACGUCGGUGCGUGAUAACAUUAACAUCUCCAAGUCUUUCGAAGCAUUGGUUGAUUCUAUUGAGAAGAUUCAGAAUCCUGAGGUCCCCAAGCAGGAUAAGUGUGUCAUUGUUUGA